UGUGAUUAUGCUUUUUUUAUAAAGAAAACUGGGAAAACUGUUAUGAAAAGUUAUCACCAAUCAGUAUCCAAUGGAGAUGGAGAUGCCAAUAACCACAUUGACACUUCAAGUGUUUCAGUUUUGAGAGAAAUAAUUGGUCGGUUUCUAAUAAACUUAUGCUCAUUUUCUAUCCAUCUUGUUUCUCCUAUUCGGAUGCUUCUAAUCAACAAGCAGAUUUUACCAGAAGUUAGUUUAUAUCUCACGCUGACUUAUAAAACUGACUGCGUCACGUUUUUGGCGGGGACGCUUAACGAUCCUCUUAGCGGUGAUUGGUUCUCUAACUUUCUUAACGAGUCUCAGAAUGGAACUUCAAGUUUAUUUGCACAAGAAACUGUGAAUAGCAUGCGCGCUAAAUUGUUAGAAGAACUUAUAAAAGUUAUCCCUUUACAUUAUGCUGAUUCGAAAGAAAAUAUUCCGAUUGUGAAGAAGUCUGUAAUUAUUCGACUCUACACAGCGUUAUUGGGACUUUCUGAGUUAAAAGCGACUAGAGAAGAACUAAUGAAAUGCGUGGAUUUAAUUAUUUCAGUCAAUGAAUGCAAAGAUUUAAGAACAAAAGCGGGAAUACACUUCGUCCGCUUAUGUCUCUGCUUUAUUUUAACCUGCGCCGACUGGGCGGAAAUACCUGAGAACUUUCGCGUGUUUGAUUGGAUAAAACUCAUUUUAUCAAGGGCUAAUGGGGAUAAAGGGUUUUAUAGUACAGUCCAGCAAGAAUCUUAUUCUGAAAUGCUUCUUCUAAUUGGUAUCCAUUUUUAUACGUCGCGGCUUUCUGUUCUCGCCCAGUUAGUGCGCUCUACUAUUGGGUUUAACGUUCGUAUCAGCAGCGACGGCCUUAAGAAAAUUGGCGAAUUGUUUGCCGUUCAUGUUUUUUCCGAGCUUGUUAUUGGUCAAUACGCUGUGUCUGUGCCUUGCACCAGUUGCCUCAACGACACUAUGGAGGGCUACCUUCCGGUGCACUGCGUUUAUCAACUUCUUAAGGACGGCGUGUUUACUAAGCAUGCGAUACCCGUGGCCAUGUGGAUCUUCGAGCAACUUCAGCAGUGCCACGUUCCUUGUCACGCAGUUUUUUGCGAGCUUCUGGAGGCCUUUGCUUCAAGUGUUGCCUGCGAAACUAACUCGAGAGUUUUGGUGGACACUAUUACCACGGAGCAAAUAAAUUCAAUAUUUUUUAACAAUAAAAAUGAGCCACUCACCCCUCAGAUUUUGCUUCUUUUUUAUAUGCUAAAAUUCAAUACCCAAGUUUUAAGUAAUAAGAAAAAAGGCAGGAAUUUUAAUGAAGCCAUUCAACCAUACUCUCGCGAACUUUUGAGUCGUCUUCCGGUUCGUAAAAUCAUGAACCACUUGCAGAGAAACCAAUCAGAUUAUACAGCUUUGUAUUCCUCACUUUUCUCAUUGGUCAUUUCUUUUUUUCCCCACCUGCUGAAUGUCAAUGAUUUGUUGUUUGGCGAGGAGUGGGAAUUUUUUAAUGAGUGUGACUUGGAGGGCAAUAACUUUCCCGAAAAUACUCUAAUGAACAAUUUUAUUGAGGAUUUUAAAAUCAUUAAAAUUCCUGAAUCAUUAGAAUUUUUGCAAUUUGGUAUUCCUAUUUUAUUAAAAUAUUUGUUAUUAAUUUUUAAGAAAAAACACUCAUAA